ACUGAUUCUUGGCAUUCCUCAGCACAAAGAAAAUUUGAGCCUUUUGUUGUUAGCUAUGGUGUUUCCUAAGUACAAAUCUGUUGUGGGUUCUCUGUUUCUUGUCUUUCUGCUUUCAUCUUCUUGUUGGGUUGAUUCCGCUUCGCUUGAGGAAAGUUUCCUUCAAUGUCUCAAUGAGAAUUCUCAGUUUUCUGUCCCCUUCUCGUCUUUCUGUGCUCCAAACAAUGCUACGUUUAAUGCUCUUCUGCAGUCAACCGCUCAGAAUUUGAGGUACUUGGAAACUUCAGUGCCAAAGCCUCUGUUUAUCUUCACCCCAGCGUAUGAUUCCCAUGUCCAAGCAGCUGUUAUUUGCUCCAAACAGCUCAAGAUUCAUCUCAGAGUUCGUAGUGGAGGCCAUGACUACGAGGGCCUCUCUUAUGCUUCUGAAACUGAGACAUCUUUCAUGAUUCUCGAUCUUGCCAAGCUCCGAUCGAUCAAAGUUGACAUUGAGGGUAACAGCGCGUGGGUUCAGGCUGGGGCAACAAUCGGUGAAGUUUAUUACAGAAUUGCUGAAAAAAGUAAGGUUCAUGGCUUCCCUGCUGGGCUUUGCACAAGCCUGGGUGUUGGAGGUCAUAUAACAGGUGGUGCAUACGGUCCUAUGAUGCGAAAAUACGGCCUUGGUGCUGACAAUGUCGUUGAUGCACGGAUUGUUGAUGCAAAUGGGAGAAUUCUUGACAGAGAAGCCAUGGGAGAGGACGUGUUUUGGGCAAUUAGAGGAGGAGGAGGUGGGAGCUUUGGAAUUAUUCUAUGGUGGAAGCUAAAUUUGGUUCCUGUUCCAUCAACUGUGACUGUUUUUACAGUAGCAAAGACAUUAGAACAAGGUGCUACAAAAAUCCUGUACAAAUGGCAACAGGUUGCAGAUAAACUAGACGAAGAUCUGUUCAUCAGAGUCAUUAUAAACGUGGCUGCAAAUGCUGAUAAAAAGAAAACUGUGAGCACAGCUUACAAUGCCCUCUUCUUGGGAGAUGCGAACAGACUCCUCAAAGUUAUGGGAGAGAGCUUUCCUGAAUUGGGUUUGACAAGGAAAGACUGCAUAGAAAUGAGCUGGAUCAAAUCAGUUCUUUACAUUGCUGGCUUCCCAAGUGGAACUCCACCAGAAGUGCUUCUCCAAGGGAAAUCCACGUUCAAAAACUACUUCAAAGCCAAAUCAGACUUUGUGAAAGAGCCCAUUUCAGAAACAGGUCUUGAAGGACUCUGGAAAAGGCUGUUUGAAGAGGAAAGCCCAUUGACGAUAUGGAAUCCUUAUGGAGGUAUGAUGGGUAAAAUUUCAGAGACCGAGAUUCCAUUUCCGCACAGAAGAGGAAUCCUAUUCAAGAUUCAGUACCUAACUCUAUGGCAAAAAGGAGACAGCAAUCAAGAAAAACACCUGGAAUGGAUCAAGAAGCUUUACAAUUACAUGACACCUUAUGUUUCUCAGCUUCCAAGAGAAGCAUAUGUGAAUUACAGGGAUCUCGAUUUGGGAAUCAACAAGAAGGGCAAUACCAGCUACAUCGAUGCGAUCGGUUGGGGAACUCGGUAUUUCAAAGAAAACUUUGGUAGAUUGCUGAGAGUUAAGACUAAAGUUGAUCCUGAUAACUUCUUCAGGCAUGAACAGAGUAUUCCACCUAUUCCAACUUCUGCAAGUUUUAGAAGCUUUGGCUCUUCCUCAAGGGAAUUUGAUUAGAGUUGUUUGAAGCAUCAUGUGUUUGACGUGUUUGCUUUUUCCAUCCUUUUUAAGUUUGUGACUUGCUUGAGCUAAGUGCAAUAAGAUACUGAUAAAACUAUUAUGAAAUGAUGCAAUGAACCUUGGAUUCUCUUAAGAAAAGGAUGAAUGUAAAUCAGAACAAUGAAAA